UGUGCCAUUCUUCAUGUAUUUGUACCACUAUGUAUGUAACGAAACCAUGUAUUGAGUUGUGCUAUAUUUGUACUCCUUUAUUGUAAUGAAAUCAUAUGUUUGUGAUGCUCAAAAUCAGGUUUUGACAAUAUUUUUGUGGCUGGACAGAAUGUACUCUUUUAUUGCAAUGGUACCAUGUGUUUGUGAUGCUCAAAAUCAGGUUUUGGUAAUAUUUUUGUGGCUGGACAGAAUGUACUAUUUUAUUGCAAUGGUACCAUGUGUUUGUGAUGCUCAAAAUCAUUUUUACCCUUGAUUUUGUUGGCUGGACAGGUAUGGACAGCGUUGAAACCACCGAUACAACCGUGACCGGUACAAGCAAGAGCUCCAAGGGAGGGGUGGUAGCAUGGACCAACUCCAUGUCCACCAUGCAUCUAGGAUUUUUGGCUGACCUUGUGGCUAGUGGUGCAAGAACUUCAAGUGGCUUCAAGACUUGUCAUUACAACCAAUGUGCCAAGUUUUUGAAUGACCAUUUCAAGCUAUCUCUAACCGGAGAUCAAUGCUCCAACCAUCUUAAGAAGUGGAGGAAGAUUUGGGGCAGGCUAGUCCAACUGAAAAAUUUGAGUGGGGCCCUAUGGGAUGAGGAUACUAGCACUAUUAGGCUCAGCGAUGAGCACUAUGCAGGCCAUUGUGCUAACAACAAAUCUGAUAUCCCCUUCUUGAAUAACCCAAUUGAGCACUAUCGUGCAAUGGAAACAAUUUUUGGGUCUACCACGACUUCGGGGAAAUACGCCAAGUCAGGGAAUGAUCCAUUCUCUAUUGAUGUUGAAGAUGACAAUGAGAUGCAAAAUUCACCAAAUGUAGGUGAGUCUUCUGCCAAAGCACCACCAAAAAAGAAGGCUAAGCUUGUGCACAUUGAAGAUGAUCCACUAGUCACCACUCUCAAAGAUGGGUUCAAGAUGAUGGCUGAUGCAAUUGCAAAAUCUGGUGGGGAUGAUGAUGCCGUACCUGGUGACUUGUGGGAUGCUUUGGAUGCAAUCAAGGGAUUUGAUGAGGACCAUGUUGCUCACUACUAUGCUCAUCUUGUUGACAAUCCGAAGAUUGCAAAAGCGUUCAUGACGCUUAAACUUGAGAGCAAGUUGGUUUGGUUGAGUAGGUAUGUGCAUAAGACCUUUGGAGUGCUCUACAAUUUGAAGUGAUGAUAUUCACUUGAAGUGGGUUGAUGGACAGCAAUGAACUUUAUUAUUCCAUGGACCAUAAUAUGUAAUAUGGACUGUAAUGAACUCUAUGUAGUUGCUUUUGGAUCACUACUAUGCAUUAAACUGGACUUGUAUGCAUUUGGACUGUUUCGAUGCCUAUUAUGGUCGUUUGGAUCUAAUUGUGUACUAUAUUUGCUGUUAUAUAUGUGUUAUGCUUAUAUGAAUAUAUUUGUUAUUGCAAACUGCUC